AUGAAAAUACUUAGCUGGAACUGCCGAGGAAUUGGCAACCCUCGGACAGUAAGCUCUCUCCGAGACUGGUGUUGGAGAGAGAUGCCGAAUCUGGUUUUUAUCAUGGAAACCAAAAUUGAUGAAAGGAGACUGGAUGGAAUUAAGAGGAAUUGUGGCUUUACAGAGGGGAUAGCGGUGAGCAGCGUAGGUUUGGCAGGUGGGUUGGGGCUUUGGUGGAGAAAUAUAAAAGUGAGUGUGGUUUCUUUUUCCCGUAACCACAUUGCAGUUGACAUAUUAGAUGAUAAUGAUGACAUUACAUGGAGAGCGGUAGGGGUGUAUGGUUGGCCGGAGAAUAACAAUAAGCACAAAACGUGGCUCCUAAUGAUAACACUAAUGCAGGGUGCUCCUGGCCCUUUGAUUUAUUUUGGUGAUUUUAAUGAAAUAUUGAGGGAGGAGGAGUGUCGAGGAGAGAGAGAUGUAUUGACGGGUUCCGGGAAGUUAUUGAUUAUGUUCGAGUUCGUGAUCUGCAUUACAAAGGAAAGAUUAGACAGAUUUCUAGCUAGUGAUGCUUGGUGCCACAUGUUUCCAAACUAUGAAGUUCAUCAUUUGCCGAUUAACCUGAAGAGCUCAGACCAUUGCCCAAUCCUCUUGAAGGCUGGAAUUCGAGAAGAAAAUAGGAGGCAUACAAAGUUAUUCAGGUUUGAGUCUUUUUGGCUAUCGAAUUCGGAGUGCGAGAAAGUGGUGGCAGAAACCUGGCGCGACAAUGGUAUGUUUACAGUUCCGGAGAGGGUGGAACAUCUCGCUAAUGCUCUAAGGAAAUGGGCAGGAAACAUAUAUGGCAGCAUUCCAAAGAAAAUUAAAAAAGCAGAGGAACAAAUGCGUAUUAUUCAAUUGGGGAGGAUGGAUAAUGCUAAACUAGCGAGAUGUAGGGAGCUGUCUGAGGAAAUUGAGCAUUUACGGCUUCUUGAAGAAUCAUACUGGCACAUUCGGUCUAGAAAGAAUGAGCUUCGUGAUAGAGAUAAAAAUACCUCUUAUUUCCAUCACAAAGCGAGCGCGAGGAGAGCAAAAAAUUGGAUAAUGGGGUUAGAAGAUGAGAAUGGUUCAUGGACUGAGGAUAAAGAAAUUGGAGGAGAUUGUUACUGGUUAUUUCAAUCGGCUAUUCACCACAGAAGGAAUAGUGGAUCUUGA